CAGGGGUUCUGUGCUGUAACUCAAACCACAAGCUCUUUGAUUUGCAAAACAUGAGGCUGGCGGAGGCAGCUAAUUUUUUCUUGGUGUCUGUGAGAAAGCUUUGAUUGUAUCUGUCAACCCUUAUGGAAAAGAAGGAGGGCGUUUGAAGAAAGGGCCGUCUUCUGUGACGCUUUAUUUGGAAAGGAAUGUGGGCUGGCUUGAACCACGGCUCCCAGGCCCCUCUGUAGUUCAAUUUUUGUUGGUAGUAGCUGACGUCAGGAAUUUCUGAAAACAAAGAAACGCGGUCCUGUAGAAGCUUAACUUCCUGCAUUUGUUUUAACGAUUUGUUGGUAAAACUGCAAUUCCCAAAGUGCACUUGGAGAGGUGUUACGCAAAUCAUCUUCCUGUAGUGAGCAUUGUGGUGAGACGGCGGGAUUCCUUCAUUCUUCCGGUUCUUUUGGUGUUGACAGGAGGACCUAGAAGAAAGAUGCUUGACGUAAAAGCCUGGGCAGAGUACAUCGUUGAGUGGGCUGCAAAAGACCCCUACGGCUUCCUUACCACUGUGAUCUUGGCCCUUACGCCACUAUUCAUAGCCAGUGCUGUGUUGUCAUGGAAGCUUGCAAAAAUGAUUGAGAUCAGGGAUCGAGAACAAAAGAAGAAACAAAAACGUCAAGAAAACAUUGCAAAAGCAAAGAGGGCAAAGAAAGACUAAAAGACUUUUUAAAGUGCAAACUGAUUGCAGCUUUCUGCAGUUUGAGUCCAAUUUCUUAUAUAAAUCUUGAACAAAAUGUUUAGGCCUCAAGUUGAAGCCUAUCACCUGCUGGCUUUCUAUAACAGUUUUUUGUAAAAUACACGUUGAUGAAAACUAGUCUGUAACCUUGUGUGUGUUAUAUAUAUAAAUUAGCAUUCCAUCCAUUGAAUUUACACUUCCAUAAAAUGUAAUUAACAAAAUAAUGUAAAUUUUCUAAGUACUAGUCUACGAUUGAUCUACAUCACAAUUGUGAAGCUAGCGUUGGAGAUGAAAACAUUUCAUUGAAAAAAGAAAAAAAAAAUUAAACUUUUUUAAGAUCAAAGUUUGCUUUUAAUGGAUCAAGACUUUUAUGGUUUCAAUACUGAAAGCAUUUUUAUCUUAAUUGAUCUUCACGUGAGAUCUGUGCAUUAUUUUGUACAUUUUUACAGAAUUGUGCAAUGCCAUGUGUUUGGAAUUUGUGUCCAUAUGGCUUCGAUUAUAUAGGAAUUUGGUAGCAGGUUGGCUUUUAAAAUGAAUAAAAAAUUAAGAUAUACUGGCAGUGUUUCCUGAUACUGACCACAUCUGUUGAAAAUACUAUUUCCAAUGCUGUUUUUAGCAGUACAGACUUAAUAUUAACAACUGCAUUUGAGACACUUACCAUAGUGAAGCACCUGGUGAGGUCUGCUGCUGUAUACUGUACUGAGUGAGAUUCACUGUUCAUCACCUUUACAUGGUUCAUUCCAGCGAAGCUGGUUUGUGUGUGGUCUGGUUCAGCUAGUUUCAAACCCUCAUUGGAAGUAAUCUUGAACUACCCAACCAUCACAGGCCCCAAUUAUCAUUAGUCAUUACCUUAGGAAAUAUAAGGUUGUCGAUGAUUACUGCUGCUGCCACGAUCCCUCAUUUUCUCAGGUCUCUGGGUCGGUACAGGAAUGAAAAUAAGAUUCUAGGUUUUACUAUGAGCUUGAUUAGGCACUGAGACACACAUCCCUGUGAAAAUGUAUAUCAAGCUCAGGUGUGUUUUUAUUAAAUCAGGAAUGGAUCAAACUGCUAUGCAAUGGGAUUCUUAUUUCAAUCCCUGAGUUGUGGAACAUAAAGAAACUGAAUGAUAUAUGACUUUUUAAACAUUUUGCAUUUAAUAACUUUAAAAUAUAAAAAUGUCUUCCAACAUUUUAACAAAGAUCCCAAGAUUUCCUUUUAACAUGAGGAUUGUGUUGGAUAAACAAUUUAUUUUAACUUCUAGGUAACUGGUAGGUUGAGGUUUGAAAGGGUGUGAACAUUAAUCCACCCAAAGUUGUCUCCAGUGAAUUGAUGUGGUCUUUUUUGGAUAGCUUGCUUGUUCUGGGUAAAUAGAACAUGGGACCAGUACCAUUGCAACUGCCAAUAAAACCUGCACAGCUUUGCAAUCAUUCUGUGUGAAAAUAACAUGAUUGGCAGCCUUAACAUUUGCUCAAAUAAUCACACAUUCUAUUUAAGAAGGACAGUGAAAUAAGCUUCCAUCUCAGAACACUCAAAGUGGCAAACUACUGUUACGGUCAGGUGCUUGUGUGUGUAUCAUGAGUAAUGAAGGCAAAAAAAAACAGAUUCCUUCCAUGUUUUUGUUUCGGUUUUCAAAAACAAAGGGCAAGGGUUAGGGUUGCCACCAGCUCUAUUACAAGGGAUGUUGCUUAUUUAAAUAAACAUUACCCUGUCGCUUAUUAAAUCAAUAUGGGGCAUCUGUUAUCCAGCAGUUCAAAUUAUGCACCUGUCAUAUUGCUUUCCAUUUCAUAAAUAGAAGGCUUCAGAAGUCAGAUAACGCAGUGAGGAAUCAGUUCCGUGAGGGAUUGCAACUUUGAACAUUUAAUAAAGCCAAAUUAAAAAAAAAAAAAAAAACAUGCAAA